GUACGUUCUAUACGUUGACCACUCAACUCAUCGCCAUGGCCACAUCCCUCCCCUUCCCCUUCCCCCUCCUCCCCCUCCUCCUCCUCCUCUCGACCAUAACCACCACCUCCUCCUCCUCCUCCUCCUCCUCUCCCAAGGUGUGCGUCGUUGGUAGCGGCAUCGGCGGCGCCUCGGCCUCGCAUUUCCUCAAACAGUACACCUGCACCACCACUACCACCUCCCCCGGCGCCGCCGCCGCCGCGGCGGCACCUUGCGUCGACGACAUCCGCGUCUUCGAGCGGCGCGACGUCGCCGGGGGCCGCACCGCCACCGUCUCCGUCGCCGGCGACGAGUUCGAGGCCGGCGCCUCCAUCAUCCACCCCCGGAACCUCCACGCCGCGCGCUUCGCCGCGCUCCUCGGCCUGAGCCAUAGGCCCGACGACGACGGCGAUGACUCCUGGCUGGGGAUUUGGGACGGGUCGAGCUUCGUGUUCAAAACCCUAGCGCCGCCUCCCCCGUCGAGUGGGUCCCUGUAUUGGAAACUUCACGAGCUCCUCAACUCGCUUCUCGUCUUCCGUCGCUAUGGGCUCUCUCUCCUUCGGAUGGAUCGCUUCGUUAAGAAAAUGUUGGAAAGAUUCAUGCUCUUUUACAAUGGCUUUGAAUCACGGCCUGUGUUCGAGACAGUGGAGGAGAUGCUGAAAUGGACGGAUCUUUAUGGACUCACGCAACGGACUCUCGAGGAGGAACUCGUAGAUGCUGGGUUGAAUUCCCGCACAAUUUCAGAACUUGUAACUGUAAUUACAAGAGUCAACUACGGUCAGAGUGUGAGCAUAAGCGGGCUAGCAGGUGCAGUGUCCCUAGCAGGCUCUGAAUCAGGCUUGUGGGCCGUGAAGGGGGGAAACCGCCUGCUGGCGACAGGACUUAUUAAGCAUGCGAAUGCCACAUUGCACCUCCAUGAAGAGAUAAUUUCCAUCUCUGAUGCAGAAGGCUAUUAUGUGCUCAAAUCUGCGCAAGGGAAUGAGUACAAUUGUGAUGUCACUGUGAUCGCUACGCCACUCGAUGAGCUGAACAUCACAUUUGAUCCUGUGGUCUCUCUUCCACCUCGAAAGCUUCAACAUACAUAUACAACAUUCGUGAGGGGCCUUUUGAACCCUAAAUAUUUUGGCUUAAAAUCUGCAUUGGAAAUCCCGGACCUUGUGGGCACUCUUGAGCUCUCUGAUAUCCCUUUCUCCAGCCUCUCUGUCCUGAAGAAGUAUAGCGAAGGAGACGCGACUUACAAGUUGUUCUCUCGUGCUCCGCUGGAUGAUGGUUUACUGGAUCAAAUUUUCAGCACGAGGACCGAAACUGUUCGCAUUAAUUGGCCAGCAUAUCCUCAUUAUAAAGCUCCAGAAGUCUUCGCGCCAAUUAUUUUAGACGGGAAGCACUUAUACUACAUAAACUCCUUCGAGAGCGCGGCCAGUGCAAUAGAAGCCAGCGCAGUUGCAGCCGAAAACGUCGCACGCCUUAUCAUAUCGAGGCUUUCUAAGCUAUCAUCAAAUGCUGCAGAUGUGAAGCUAUUUGUAUCUGAAGAAGCAGAAGCUCUGCACAAAGAGCUUUGAGAAGCCGAAACGAGUUGAACCGUGCUAUCUCCUUUGUACUCAUAAUAUUAUGUACAAAUACCUUCUCGCGGAGUGUACAAUUCGCCCUCGUUGUUUAUAUCAUCUUUAGGGACUAACUCCUUGUUUGUUUGGUUUUGUUGGAUUUGAUGAGUUUGCUUUCUUUAUGUAUGGAAUAGUUCUUUACUUGGCAAGGGUUGUCACAGUAAAUACAUGCAGCAUAUUGCUGUGUGGUGAAUUAUUCAUGCUGGGGUUUGGUUGAAAGGCCAGCUUGGGAUUGUGCCCCUUGCAGAAGCAGUUCGAUGCUGCGUGAAUGAGAAGUUUUGAGCUUUUGUUA